CCGGCGACGGCGGAGGCGAAGAGGCGCUGGCUAACCGGGCGCAGGUGCCCCGUAGCCUCCCUCCGCCCCGGGGGCCGCCCUCGGGCGCGCCCGUCCCCUCGGCGGCCUUCACGUCGCCUCCGCUGCCCGCCGGCCGGUCAGCGCGCUGGGCCUGGUUUCCGCCGCCUCCCCCCGGACCACUUAGUCUCAACCCGGGUGUGGUUUCCACUGCUAGAGAAUGAAACAUGACUGAGGACUCUCAGAGAAACUUCCGUUCAGUGUAUUAUGAGAAAGUGGGGUUUCGUGGAGUUGAAGAAAAGAAAUCAUUGGAGAUUCUCCUAAAAGAUGACCGGCUCGAUAUCGAGAAACUUUGUACUUUUAGUCAGAGAUUCCCUCUCCCGUCCAUGUACCGUGCGUUGGUAUGGAAGGUGCUUCUAGGGAUCCUGCCUCCACACCAUGAGUCCCAUGCCCAGGUGAUGUUGUACCGCAAGGAGCAGUACUGUGACGUCCUUCACGCCCUGAAAGUCGUUCGCUGUGUCACUGAGGCCACGCCUCAGGUUGAAGUCUAUCUCCGCAUGUACCAGCUGGAGUCUGGAAAGUUGCCUCGAAGUCCUUCCUUUCCACUGGAGCCAGAAGAUGAAGUAUUUCUUGCCAUUGCCAAAGCCGUGGAAGAGAUGGUAGAGGACAGCGUCGACUGUUACUGGAUCAUCCGAUGCUUUGUGAACCAAUUAAAUAACAAGUACCGGGAGUCUUUACCCCAGCUGCCAAAGGCUUUUGAACAAUACUUGAAUCUGGAAGAUAGCCGACUGCUGAGUCAUCUGAAGACGUGUUCUGCGCUGUCCAAACUUCCUUAUGAUCUCUGGUUCAAGAGGUGCUUCGCAGGGUGCUUGCCCGAAUCCAGUUUACAGAGGGUUUGGGAUAAAGUUGUAAGUGGAUCCUGUAAGAUCUUAGUUUUUGUAGCUGUGGAAAUUUUAUUAACCUUUAAAAUAAAAGUAAUGGCUCUGAACAGUGCAGAGAAGAUAACAAAGUUUCUGGAAAAUAUUCCCCAGGACAGCUCGGACGCAAUCGUGAGCAAGGCCAUCGACUUAUGGCACAAGCACUGUGGGACCCCGGUGCACUCAGCCUGACCACUCCCGACACGUGCACGGCCUGCCAGGUCCCCCCUGAGCAGUGUGCUCUCAGGACACGGUCUACUAAACUCAUUGAAAAUAGGGUUCUGCUUUGGCACUCAAAGCAUCAUUUUUUCCAGUAAAAUGAUUUACGACACCUGAUGACGUUGUGUUGUGGAGCAGCAUCUUUUGGGUGUACAGAGGUACAAAGUUCAACUCUGAAUAGCAUUUUAAAAGGGUUAUUCGAAAAUGCCUCUCUGUUUGCAAAGCAGUUCAGUCAGGGUGAGCGGGUGCCACGGUAGGCAGUGUAUAAGCAAGCCCGCCCUGCUUCUGUCUCAUUAGCACCACGCUUGUUACUUUCUAAGGUCUAUUUCUGGAAUAAAGAACAACUUCCUUUUGUUGACAGCUCAGAUUCGGCUUUCGUUCGUGCAGUACUUGUUGAAAUCUAAGCCGGCUGCUUUCUGAGGCUUUGUCUUGCCAAAUCGGUUUAAAUAAAAGCCUUACUUUUUUUUUUUUUUUCUCAGUUUCAGUUGGAAUGAAACAGUUAUUGAACAAAACAUGUCUAAAUUUACCUACUAGGAGAGAGAGUGCUUGCUGAUGUCCUGCUGGACUCCUGCUUUUUCCUGAUGGGUCAUUCAAUGUCGGGUGGGCUUUAGGGAACAUUCUGCCACCUAGAAUUGGAAUAUGAGAAGUGGCAGGUUAAGUAAGGUUAACAGCUAACAGGCCUGGGCCAUAUUGUGCCACACGAUGGUGACUGUUCAUUGAGCAGUUACGGGCAUUGAGAGUGGUGAGUGAGACGAGGCCCUGAUUCAGCUGCCAGACCUGCAGGAGCCCGAGGGGUGAGUUGGACCCUGUACCCAGAAGAGGAGGGAGACCAUAAAAUUAUGGAGCUGUAAUUCGGACAAUUCAUUCCUUCCCUGAUGUGUAAAAUAACUGUUGGGAAAAAACUCAGAAGGGAGUCGAGUUGUUGAAACCAGCUGGUACUUCUGUAUAGUAACAUAUCCAAGAGUGUUUCAUUUUUAAAACAAAAAAAUACACCCAGAAGAAAACUUCUUAAAGCAAAAUGCUGCCUACAGUUGAUGCUUUGCAUUCAUUCAGUGACUGGCUCUGCCCCCAAAGAACUUUCCAGCCAGUUGGAGAUCUGAGAGAAAACAUGUAAGAAGGAUUCCUGCUCCAGUUGUCUACUAUUUGGUGAUUUUGGGGGAUACGUGAAAUUCACAGACAAGUCCUAUAACAAAAAUAAUUUUAUUUCUAUUUAAUUUAUAGCCGCAUAACAUUAGUACAACUUUUUAGUAAAAUACAGAUUAUAAAGUGAUAGUAAAUUUCAACUUCAGAAAAAGAGGAAACAAAGAAUUAGCAACCUCUCAACAAGAGGAUAGUUUCAAGCCUUGCCUUCUGGAGGUUAAAAAGUCAGUGGACAGUUAGUUGCCCGGUGAGGUGAGGAUUCCCCACCUUGCUCCUGGGAGCCGGUCUUACUGUAGGGUAACCACAGGAGGAAGCUGGAGAGUGUGAUCCGAGAAGAACAUGGGAAAAAUCCUUCAAGCAAGCAACUUGUCCUGAACGGGCAGAACUCCAAAUAGAGUAUCACAGUGGGUGCUUAGUGUUCAGACCUCAGAUCCCACCUGACAUGGAGGUACGAACGUGUCGUUUACCAGGAACUUGUGUGCACACACGCCAGGGACCGCAGGCUCACACGCUCGCCUCUUGCCUCUGACCCCCCUGUUCGGUCCCUCCCGCCGCCCUCCUUCUCCCGGAGGGUUAGCAAGUAGCAACCUGGCAUUUGUAGCUUUGGCGUCUCUCUUUUCCCACCUCUGCCUGCACUCGGGACUUGAUGCCGUGAAGGUUUGUGAGGGGGGCAGCGAGGAGGAGGAGAGCUUUGGACAGUUCACUUCCAGAUGUCAGAAGGCUGCCCUCAACGCCGUGACGAACGUCCGUCCCCACCUCCCCUUCCUCCCCUUCCUCCCCUUCUCCCCCUUCCCUUCUGUUUGGCUCGUUUACUUUGCUAGUAGUUCUCAUUCAGUCAUUGAAAUCGGUAUGAACACACUCCUAAUUAUGGGCCAGGAACUGAGCCGAACUGCUGAACGAGUCACGAGUCAUGGGGUGUCUGACCUCUUGGAGAUUUUAAUCACGCGGGGAAGACAGAUACGAAAUUAAACAAGCCCAAUGCA